AUGGAUCAUCCGAAUGGCCCGAUCCAUGGCCCGAAUGGACCACAUGAACCCAAUGGACCAAAUGGCAUGCCUCUCAUUCCACAGAGUGUACAGCCGAAGGCUCCGCAGGCAUGCGUAACAUGUAAAAAACAAAAAAGAAAGUGUGAUAAAGUACUCCCGCAUUGUGGUCUUUGCUCCAGAAUGCAGCGACACUGUGAUUAUACCGAACAGACUCCUGCUCCUACACACGAGGAUAUCAAUGCUUUACGCUUGAAGUUAAUCGAACUUGAAGCAAAGGUUAAUGGUGGAACUAUGCAUGCACCUGCCUAUGCUACACCUUCAGGAUCUAUGUCCAAUAAUGGCCCGGAAUACAUGCAACCACAAAUGACUACAUAUGCAGGUUCGCAAGAAAGUCCGUUCAAUAAUAUACAAAAUAGGUUUCCGGUUAUGGCUGUGCUCGACAAUGAAGUUUUCAGGAAUGAAGGUUUAUCUGUACCCAGACCUUCGGUGAACCCACCAGCAGAAGUCAACCACAUGUUAGCAAGUGGACCAUCUGUACCUACCGUCAUCCUAGAAUACUUCGGAACUGUUCACCACUGUCUUCCAAUAAUCUCUCAUAAGCGAUUGGAACGAACUCUCAGUACUCCUCCCUGGGAUGGUGGUGCAGACUUAUCUUUGCUCUUCCUCUGUAUGAAGCUCAUUACAUCCAAGCCAGUAGAUGGACAAGAAUGUGGUCAAAAUCCAAUGUACAUCGCAGCAAAGCGUUUCGUCGCAUUAUUGGAAGCUUCCGGAAUGGUAUCUUUGAUUUUAUUGCAAGCUAAUAUCCUUAUUACUCUCUUUGAGUAUGGACAAGCAAUAUAUCCUGCAGCAUGGAUGUCCGCUGGGUGGUGCUCACGAUACGCCAUCUUACUAGGCAUCAAUGGCUUUGACACCUCUCCUCAAUUGAUCGGUUCAGUUGAUACCUGGACCGAACAAGAAGAACGAUUUCGAUCCUGGUGGGGUGUUCUCAUACUUGAUAGGAUGGUCUCUAUAGGAAGUAAAAACCACCUAUUAACGACUCAAGAACCAAAAGAAGAAGAUCCAUUGCCUGUUGAUGAUGCUGCAUGGGAUAAUGGCGAUAUGACUCAAGCCAUUCAGAGAUAUGUAUCUACUUCGCUCACUGAAUCCGUAACACCAUUUGCUCGCCUCUGUCAAGGAUCUGUGUUGUUGGGAAAUGUUCUCCGCCACCAUUACACAGAGAAGAUUCCCUCGGAGACAGCCCGUUUUGAUAUCGCAUAUCAACUCUUUGAAAACUGUUCUGUUCUCGCUCGCAAGGUUAAUGAAGAAGCCAUUGCUUCUAGAGAUUAUAUUAUGUUAGCAACUCCACUCGCUAUUAUAUAUAGUGCAAUCAUUGCUCUCCUCGAUGUAUAUUCCUGCCCCGCCGAUAGAUCAUGUGGCGCGCCAUCAUCCUCCGAAAAAGGAGUCAUGAUGAAUCAAGCAAUCAAAGGCCUACAGGAUUUCUCACACAGCGUUGUUCAAUUUUCCGAGCGUGUCAACAACCAAGCACAGACACAACAAGAUCUUGAUAAAGUUAGUCCCUUGAUAAUGGAUUCUUUGUGGGCAGCAGGUCAACAUUAUAUGUGGGUUUGGAAAGAAAGUCGCGAUGCUCAAUCUCAGGAGGCGUUGGAAACUAUCAGAAAUUGUUUGAGAAGAUUUCAAACCAGAUGGAGAAAUGCGGCAGAAUAUUUGAGAAUUCUGGAUGGACAAGAGUUUGGGCAGUUUACUUCUGCACUGGGAAGUGCCAAUUAA